UUUCACUUCAUUUUUGUAAUUUUUAAUCAUUGAUUACCAUUAUUAAACUAGUUUUGAAUUUCUUGAAAACGGUCUUUGUAAUUGAGUUAUAAUUACCUUUCAAAAUGUCUUUACCUCGUGCAGUUAUUGGUAUGUUGCGCAGCAAAACUAUUUAUUCUAUAUCUAUUAGAAAAGUGGUAUCGCACGAACCAUGGAAGCCUGGUCCAUAUCCAAAAACUGAAGAAGAACGUGUAGCUGCUGCUAAAAAAUAUGGUUUAUUACCAGAAGAAUAUGAACCCUAUCCAGAUGAUGGUUUAGGUGCUGGUGACUAUCCAAAAUUACCAGAUAUUGGACAGGAUUCCAAAAGUGAAUAUUAUCCAUGGGACUGUCCCGAACAUAAUAGAAAUUUUGGUAAAAUGAUUUAAAUAUAUUUUAGGAUUAAAUAAUCCUAGGGUAUGAUGUUUAUUUUUUCUUUUUCAGGUGAAAUAAUGCAUCUUCGAUCUGAUUUGUGGGGGUCAGACAAAGGUGACCCAAAUUAUAAGGAAAAAGCUAGAUUCCCUGACUGGCAAAGAGUGUCUGCACUUUUUAUUGCCAUUUUUGGAUUAGGUGGUUUGAUGUACAGUGGUGAUUUUUUGUGUAAACGAUAUGCAAAGUACAUGCCUAAACAAUGGCCACAAGAUGAACUAAAACAUUAUACUUAUUCUGAUAAAUAUUUUUGAUUUGUUAUUAAAAUUAUUUGAAUCUAUGUAGUACUUAUUCACAUUUAAUGAAUUUUUAAUUUUGUUGUAUAGGUAACUAAAAGUUGAUGAAAUAUCACGUACAAGAAUAAAUAAACUAUAUGCUAAUACAUUUAUAAACUGUAUUAUGCAUCCCAAACAAUGAACUAAUAGACUUAGAAUUAUUUUAUAAAACCUAAUGUUUACCUAUAUUUUGAUUAGGAUUUUGUUAUAAUUAUGUUUUCAAUUAAAUGAGCUUCAUUACUUAAAAUCAAGUACACAAAUCUUAAAUUUAAAAUACAAUGUGAUGUAUUUUGUUAAAUUGUUGGUUAGUUAUAAAUCUUAAUAAUAUAUAAUUAUAAUAAUUUAAUAUUUUCAAUUUGCCAUUUUUUUUUUUUGUGUCAGGAACUUUUUAUCAAAAAUCUUUGAUCUAUCAAGUGUAGCACCUUUUCUGAAAGAAAAUUUUACCUAGUUUGUGCAAUAAUAUAUUUUUUUGAUUUUCCUAGGAAUUUUUUCAACAAAUGUGAAAAACGGGAAAAUCAGUACAUUAAACAAAAUAUUUAGUGCCUAUUUAAUUAUUUUAUCAUAAUGUGACAUGUAUAUUGUUGACAAAUCAUCAAUAUCAAUUGAACUACACUCAGAAUUGUUUUUUUCAUUAGCAAUGAAUGCACCCGUCCUCAUUAUCGAGUGUCUUAUUGUUGUUGAUUUUUGUCGGCCUUUGGUUUAUUGAAUAAAUAAAUAAUUAAAAUACAGUUUGAUGUUAAUAACAAUAUUAUUUAAUAUUUACAAAUAACUUGUUAUUAUUUAUACUUAAUACGUUAUUUUAUUUUAUAAUUUUGAAAUUUUUUGGAUGUCUUAAAUCACACGUUAAACAAUACCUAUUAUAGUAAGUAGGUAACAAUGUUUUGUUGUCAAGCAGUUUUAUGCUAACCUGAUUAGUAAGUAGUAGUAACUGCAAGACAAAAAUAUGUCAUGUAUCUAAGAUACAUGAUCAAAAACUAUAUGUAGCAUUCACUUAGUGAAAUUAUUUUCAAUUAGUAGAUACACAAUUAUAUACAUAUUGUGUAAUACAUAUAUUUAUUUUUUUUUAAUGCCUGCUAGUUUAAUUAAAUUUGAUUUUAUAAUUUAUGACAAAUUAAUUUAUUAUACUUUUAGAUUUUGAAUGUAGCGAAGAAUGUAUAUGUUUUACAGUGAUGUUUAUUUUUUUAUUAUUUCAUACUGGGUACAAAGAUCGCACUAAUGUAUACAGUGGCGCAAAAACUAUUCUUCAUAAGUGGGGGAGCAAAACAAAAAACCUAACAACUAUUAUAUAUUUGUUUGUGAUUGAUAAUAGAAAACCUUUCUUCAUAUUUUAUUCUAUUAAUGUAUUGAUAUAGUUAAUAUAACAUUGAAACAAAACAUAAAACAUACUUACUUUAUACCUAAAGUUUUACUUAAAAGUAACAAUAUAUAAAUUUACAAUAUUGAAUAUAUUAUAUAAUAUCAAUGUUACUGUAAAAUGUUACAAAUCAUAAUUAUACACUUAAACUGUAUUAAACAACAACGUACUCAUUUAAUAUUCAUAAUCAGUAAUCACUAAUCGUAAACUGUAAAAACCUAUAAAUAGCCUAAUGAUAUUGGAAUAGUAAAUAAUACGGUAUGUUGUGAAAACACCAUCCAGGACUGGUGGAAUUUCUCAAUAUAAUUUGGUAAAACAAAAGCACUCCAACAGAAAAUAUUUAUAAAAAUUACUCAAUAUGUUUAUAUGUGUUAAUAUUAUAAUAAUAAAUAAUAAUAAUAAUAUUAUUACAAACAUUCAUGAAAAUGAGACAAAUUUUGAAUACGUAAACUUAUAAAUUAAACGUAAUUUACAAUUGUAUACUUUGGAUUAUAUCUGAGGGGGUCAAUUGCCUCCUCUGCCCCUCUCUCACCGACACUACUGAUUGUAUACAAAUGUAGACCUUUUUCCUCUUUAUUAUCUUCCCAACCUCUUACCUACAAUGUGUAAUAUUGCCUCGCUUUUUUACUAUUAAAUACAACUUAUGAUGUCAAAACAGUUGUAUUCAAAUAAUUAAAAUAUUUAUUAGUAUUAGUAUUAAUACGUAAAAUACCAAAAAAUACAAAUACAAAUUUAAUUGUAUAUUUUAUUUAAAUCUAAUUAACAGUAACAAAUACAAAUAAAAGUUUAAAAGAAAUAAAAUAUAAGAUAUAACACAGUUUAAAUAAAGUUGGUUUGUUGAAUUAUUAUAUUUUUAAUAAAUGUGAGAUAAACUAUUAUUACAUUUAAACUAGUGAUCAAAUCAAUGAUAAAACCUAAAAAAAUAAACAUAGGCUUCCUUGAAUUUUAAAAUUUUUAUAAUCUAUGUUAUCCAAUGUUUACUCUAAUUGUAGACAUUAAAAACAUAACAAUGAACCCAUUUUAAUUUAAUAAUAAGAAUUAUAGUUGUUUAGCUAUAAUCAGAGUUAAAAAGAAUGAAAUAAUUUUGAAAUCUAGAUUAAAAGUAGUGUAAAUAAUGGAAAUAUGCCUAAUAUUCUAUAAUACAUUGCACAAAAUAAGGUAAAAAUGUUAAAUUUUUAAUAAUUACGGUGAGUAAAUUAAGUUUUCUAAGUAUACUAUAUCACACUUCCUUGUCGGUCUCAUGAAUUUGUAUAAGAGAUUCUGAUUGUUCUGCAUCACCAUCUCUUAGCCUGUAAAUAAACAUAUAUAUUAUUAUUAAUACAAAUAUUAACAAAUAUUGUGUUUAUUUUCUUCACCUAAUUAAAUUUUUUCUCUGGCAACGACUUAGGCAAGUGUAUUCAUUUUGAUUAAAAUUAUAUUGGUGUGUUAACCAAAUUAGAGAAAAAUAAGAUACUGUUGUAGGAACUAAACCUAAAUAAAAAGAUGGUAACAAAAAUCGUUCAUGAUCAGACUUGUUUUGACUGGAGAUAACUUGCAGCAUUAUAGACAUUGGAAUAGUUAGUCCUAUUGACAUUGUCGCUAUGAUUGAUGAUGUCAACAAACAUCCCCUACCAUAAAAUAAACAUUUAAAAUAAUUCCAUAAUGUAACAAUUAAUAUACUUUUUACCAUAACCAUAUUAUUUCUGGUAACGUUGCUUUUAUGACUCCGUUUAUUAAUAUCGAUAUCACUUGGUGCUUAUUAGGCCACUCGAAGGUUUCAAGUUCGAAAUAAUGAAGAAAAAUAAAUAACGGCCAGAACAUAAGUACAUUAAAAAGACCAACAAGACCUUAAAAAGAAACCUUUUAACUAAUAAUAUGUAAUAUAAUUAUAUAAAAACAAAAUGUAAUACAUAAUACAAAUAUUACCAAAAUACAAUGUGAUAUCUAACUUAUCUUCAUGAUCUACCCAAGAUCGUAAUGUUACAAUAUUUAACGCAUAAAAAACAGCACCAAAUAAUGAUAAGGUAAAUCCAAUAUUCAUUUCACUAAAACUGGAAUGAAAAUCUGGUAAUGUAAUUAUAACCUGCAAAUAACAUUAUAUUUAAUAAUCAAUAAACUAAAUAUUUUAAUAAAUUUCUUAGUUUGUUUAAAACAUUAUAAGUUCGUAACAUAAUAAUAGUAUAAUUAUUAUUUUAAAUUACAAAUAAAAACAUACAUUAACAUUUUAAAUAUAAUAUUUCUUAUUUUAAUCAAACUAUUAUAGUAUUUUUGAAUAAAAGCUAGUACACACAUUUCCAGUUAUACUGAAUAAUACAGUUAUAAGUUUAGCAACCGUAAAACGAUCUGCAGAAGGUGUAACAAAACACAAAGAUAGGAGAAGAGUGAAAAAGCUAGUCGUAGACAUUACAACACACACUAGGGUAUGUUCCAUAUAAACCAUAGAUACUUGAUGUAAUAAAUUAGCAACACCCCACUGUAAAAUAAAAAAAUUCAACAUUCAAUUAUUAGUUUAAAUUGAAUUAACUAAUAAUGUAAUAAUUUUGUUUCGUAAAAAAAAAAAACCUAGAUUAAAUUAUCACUAAUCUAAUAACUAAUAGUAAAAAUAAUAUUUAUUAUUGAUUAGAUUUUAAAAAUGUUAUCCCUACACAAUAAAACAAAGCUAAAGUAGGAAUUAAUGUAAUAAUUUCAUUCAUUGUAUUAUUAAAUUGAGGUUAUUUUACGAGUAUAAUUUUUUUUAAUUAAAUAAAUGUAAUAAUUUUUAAAUUAUAAAAACUAAUUAAUUAAAUCUAAAUUUUAAAAAUCAAAUUUAAAAUGUAUAGGAGAUGAAAAGUUAAUUUUUUAUAAUAUUUAUUAUUAAAUGGAUAUUUAAUAAGAAAAUCAAUAGCACCUAGUUUAUUUGUAUCAUAUAACAUAAAUUAAUUCAAUUGAACAUAAUUAUUAAUUAUUGCCUAAGAUAUAUUCUUAAAAAUAAUUUUAUUCUAGUUUGAUCAUAUUUUAAUUUAAUUUAAGCACUGUUAAAAAAAACAAGGGUUAAAUGAGUAGACAAUAUAUAUAAAUUGAAACAUAAUUUUGUAAAUACAAAUAGAGAGUAUUUCUUUUAUUAUGACCCAGUGAUUUCUUAGAGUAUAUAAAUUAAAUUAAAUUUCUAUUUUUUCAACCAUUAUGUAAUUAUUCAAGUAUUAUUUUAAAUUUUCUUUUCAAAUGUUUACCCCUAUUCCUUAAGUUAGUAUCAACUUUUGCCUUUCAAACAGCAGACUCCUUUUCAAAAACAAAUUUGAAAAAUAAUUUUUUUUCUAAAAAUGUUUAUAUUCAUAACACUAACAUUUACCAUUUAUAAAUUCUAACAGCUUUGAAAUUAGAAAAAAGAAGUAGGGAAUAGUAACAAAUUGACCAUAAUAAUGUUAAUGGGCCAUUAUAAAAGAAUAAACAUACACAUAUACAUGUUUAUUAAUUCUUACAAGUGGUGCUACUGUAAAAGCAAGUUUUGCAGUUUGGUGUAGAUUUAGUAACUGUCUUGAUAAACGACAUAUUUCUCUUGCCCGUAAUGUAGCAGCAUAUGAUAAACGAGCCAUUAAUGCUUCCUGAGCUUCUGUUUCUGACAAAUGUCUAACCUAUAAUAAUUAAUACACAAUUUGUCUAAUAUUUUUGUAGUUAAAUAAAUACCUAAUAGAAUACCUAAAAAGAAUUUCUUAAAAUUCAUUCCUAAUAUUAUGCAUAUAUUAUUGUCAAUAUAGGAUUAUCUCAGAUUAAUAUUUUGAUGAAAGAUAUCCUGGCUAGCUGCAUUAUUUUAAAUGUCUUUAUAUAGUUUAUAGUUCUUGACAGCCAUCGGUAGCUAUGGAUUAUAAAUAUAGUGUUAUCCUUAUGCUAAUAAUUCAGUCAACAUUCAUUUUUUUUUUCAAUCGGGUUCUGUGCGAGGGGAAAAUGUAGAAAAAUUACAUUUUUUAUUCUAAAUAGUCAUUUUGUAAAAUAUAUUACUCUACAAAUUUUAAUAUAACAUACAUUCAAAUCCGAUCAAUAGUCUCAUAAGCUGUUUUAAUUUCUAGAAAAUUGAUGUAAAAACAAUUAAUUUUCACUAGAAAACAAGUUACACAAUAAGGAAUCACAAUCACCAUGUUAACUUUAUAUCUUCUAUUAAAUAUUAAUUGUUUUUACGCAUAUUUCCUACACAUUAAAGCCACUAUAACUAAAAAAUUAUUAAUCUAAUCUGAAUGUAAAUUACAUUAAAAUUUUUAAAAUAUAUUUUACAAAAUCGCUAUAUUGAAAAUUUUAAAAAUAGGAAAAACAUUGUUAUUUCUUUUAUAUAGUCAAGCGAUGAGAAUAAAAAUGUAAUUAUUUUCUACACAUGUAUUCCCUUCACACAAUACCUGAUUAAAAGAAAAAUGAAUAUUGACAGAGUUAUUAACAUAAGGAUAACACUGUAGGACACCUAUAUACCCAUAUAAGAUUGUUUACAAUUAUGCAAGUUCAACAAGUGACUGUGGCAUGUACAUUAAGGAAAAGUGAAGUUUUUUUUAUCAAAUUAAAUAGUGUAAUGGGCAUAUCUCAAUUUAUUCCAAUAUAUGAUCUAAUGUGUAAACCAAAUGUAUUAAUUACCAAUGAAUUUUAAGAAAUACUCUAUACUUUUUCUAUUAUUUAUUUAAAAUAAUUAAUUGUUUAGAAAAACUUUUUUUUUUAAAAACAUAUAAGACUAAUCUAUUUCAAAAUUAUUAUUUAUUUUAGAUAUGGUACACAGGAAUAUGUAAACUACUGAAUUAAGAUUUCUUUAAUAAAUUAUAAUUAGUCAUUAAUUUAUUAUGCACUUAAUCUAAGUAAUAUAAGAAUUUAAAAAUCAAAAACAUUUUGCAACUCUUGGUGUUGACAAAAUGAUCUUUUAAUGAUUAGAUAAUUUUCGGAAAAAAAAAUUAAAAGACUGUACAAAUAUUAGCUACGCACAUUGAAACAGCGGCUAGUUAACUUUUUUUUUCCCUAAUUUGCUUUUGUUUUAUCAUGGUAAAGGACUCAAACAAUUUAAAUGGGUACAUUCUGAGUAUAACUAUUUUUUUUUUUUUACCAGCCUUCAAAGGUAUUUUAUAAAAUAAUCUGUACACCAAAUUUUGUGAACCUCACAAGCUACAAAAACUUCUAAUUAUUUUUGGCACUCUGAAAAUUAAUCCAAAUGUGGUCAAAAAUAGACAUUUAUUAUUUAUAGUUUUUGAUAUUUUGAUAACAAAGUAUUUUUUUUAAGUGAGAAUAAGUCUAUCUGGCUUAGAUUUAGUGUUACAAAUGUUCAAACAUGCCGUGUUUUAGUGCAUUCACUCGGACAAUUUUAAUAAAAAAUAACCCUCAAUUUGUUGUGCGAAACCACGCAAAAUAGGUAACAAGGUAAAUUGAAAAAGCAUUAUAGGUUUAUGUAAAAUUUUAGUUAUUACUAUAAAAUUAAAUAUGAUAUGUAAGUUUUGAUUAUACCAAUGGAUAAGCACUAAAAAACACACAUUCUGUAAUAAAAAAAAAUUUGAAAAUGUUAAAUUAUAACUAAGAAAUACGUAAAACAGAAAACGCGAACUUCAUGAAGUUUUCCCCCAUAACUUCCAAACAAAGUUUGUCAGACUUUUUUUUAGAUUCUUAAUUUACACGCAAACACUCAUUUUGAAAAAAAAAAUUAAAAAAUGAACUUUGGUCAUAAACUAGAUUUAUACCAAAAAUACUGUUAUAGUACAUUGAAAAUUGGCAGAACUUUGCACUCAAAACAUUCAUUGGAAUUUUAUAUAAACUAUAAAGGGAAUUUGAGUUAUUUUACAAUUAAAUAUAUGGAUACACGUGUGACAUACUGUUAAUGUAGGCACACCACUCCAUGUCUUCAUAUAUAGUUAUUAGAUUAAUUUUGAUUGAAUCUAGUGUUAAAAGAAUACAAACACUGUUAUGUAUUAUUUACCAGUUAGCUUAGUAAAAGGAUGAAAAAACAUACAACACUUGAAUAUAGUAUAAAUUAAUGUGUAAUAUUCUUCUUCUUUCGCACAUCAUUUUAUUUCUUUACUAUUUGGAUUGGCCACUUUAACUUUAAGUAUACAUUAACUCGGUCUCACAUAUCAAAUUUCACACCACCAUAAUUUUCAUAUCACUUUGAAUUUUGUAUGAUCAUCACCGUUUUAGUUUAAACCUUCCAUUCAUUGACACUCAUUUAUAAAACAUUUUUGACUCAUGUCUAAAUCAUACGUCUCUCACAGUAUUCUGUAAUUUCAUCAAAUAUUAAAACACUGUAUAAAACUAAUAUAGAAAAAAAUCUUCCUAUAUCUGCUGCUCAGACUUAAAAUAAUAUAAAUAACUAGUAUUUUUUUGAUAAAAUAAAAUUUGGUUUAAAUUAUUUAUUCAGAUUAAUAUGAGUGCAAAUUUCUGAAAAAGUAUAGUACUGACUCAUAUUACUCUAAUAAGAGAAAUAUAAUUUUAAAAAUAUUUAAUGAAACAAUUAAUUAUUCAUCUACCAUACAUAUAUAAUUGUAAACAUAGUAAUUACAGCAAUAAAUAAUAAUAUAAUUUAUAACUAAACAAUUUUUUUUUACUACCUCUGCAACUUUGUUGAACCGAACUACUUUACUACUUGACUUAGCAUUUCCCGAUUCAUCACUUUCAGUACCAGAAGUCACACUAGGAUUUUUAAUCGGAACAUAGCUAGCUGAACUCUAUAAAAAAAUAUUUUUUAAAACAUUCAAAAAUCAAAUCAAAUUUAACAGGUAUUAAUUGCUUAUAAAAAAUUUCAAUACAAAAUAUUAAAAUCUUAUUUAAAGAACAAUUUUAUCUUUUAGUGUAAAAAAUAUACAUAAAACAUUGCAAAUUAGUUAGUUAUUUACGUCCCUCAAUUUAAAUUAAAUUUGUUAACUUAUUAGCAAAUUUAUGUUUAAUUAUAAAUAAUUUAUAUAUAAGUUUAAAAAUUAAGAAAAUAUGUAUACCGGAUUAUGUCGGAUACAUGAUACAUAUUAUAGUAACCAAAAAAAAAAAAAUGCUUACUAAUCUUUCAGCUUCAUCAGUAAAAAUGUUUUCAUCUUCUUCAUCAUUAUCAUCAUCAUCAUCCAUUUUAUCAAAAUUAAUAAACUGAAAUAUGAAAAUAGAUGAAUUGUAGAACGGUAUUAUAUUAGAAUUUAAAUAUUGUAAAUAAAUUAUUAAUAUCCAAAAUUACCAUAUAGUUUGUUUGGUUUCCACACGGCUUCCGUAGUUCUUUAAAUAUUAUAUAUAUCAGAAAGUAAAUUGUAAAUAUAGAUGCUUUAGUAUAAGCAAAAAAAAAUGGUUUUUUAUAAUCAUCAUUUUUGUAAGGAACAUACUGAAAAAUAAAUAUUUUAUAGGUAAUGAUUUAUAAUUAUUGCAAAAUAAUUAAAAUAUUAAUCAAAAUCUCCAUGAAAUUAAUAUAAUUAUGGAAUAUAGAUUAACAUAAUAUAUCACUCGUGUUUGUUUUAAAGAAAACUCUCUUAAUGUUUAUGGGUUUUAACUUAUGGGUUACACAACUUACAUUUGUGAAUUUUGAUGACAAGAUCCAUAUUAUAUCUGCCAAUAAUAGUAACAACAAACCAAGUGUCAGUCUUUGAGACGGAUUGUGCAUUUUUGAAGCAACAAUAAACCGUUAUGGCAAAAACAAUUCCAUUAGGUCAUCUAAUAUUAUAUAAUUACACACAAAAUUAAGAAAACAAUUAAACAAAUAUGUUAGAAACUAGUUAAACUAGAAUACACAAUUUUAUUAAAUGAUCACAUUUCUGCAGUUUUUUAAAUAAAUAUUUACACAAAAAUUUAUUACAAUUUUCAUGUUUUACCUAUCCCUUAUCAGAGAUUGAAUAAUAUUGAUCUAUAAAUUAAAUGUGUUUCGUGAAAUGUUGUCG